UCCUCUCUCUCUCUCUCUCUCUCUCGUCCAUUCAUCGUUCAUGGACACACAAUAAGAACUGGUGUGCCUUAGCAAGUAUUGAAGACGAAAAAAAAAAAAAUGGAUGUAAUUUCUGAGCACUGAAAUGUGCUAAUAACAUUUGCCGGUGCGUCUGUCUAUGCAGCUGCGUGUUCGGUUCAAUCUGUCUCUCCUUGCUUCACAACAACAUGCAAACGGCAAAUACGCUUUGGUGGAUGGGAUCGGUAAUGAACACGUAAAAUGAACCUGUUCUUUCAGCUGCGUUGAACGAGGAAGACGACAAUUAGAAUCGGAGGAUUUUUAUUUAUUUUUUGGGGGUUUGGGUUUUUGUUUUAAAUAUCACUGCGCAAAGAAAAGCAAUAUUAUAGUUAAUAUUAUACUGUAGUAUGCAUAUCCGCACCACGUCACUGUGCACAGCUCCGUGGAGCUCUAAUUAACCGAUUCGUAUUUGAUUUGCCGGUUCAUUUUUCCCAAGACGUUUACAUUUUUUUUUAAUAUAUAUUUCAAACGUUACCGAAGGAAGAGCGACUGCAUGUGCAGCUGCUUCGGUCUAGCAGCAGCAGCAGCGCAAGCUGACCCGCGGGCGCAGCGGUUGCUUGGAAACGCUGAGGCGAAGAGGCUCUUAAUUUGGUCGAGGUAAUUAACAAGGAGUCUUUUAAUGUGUCAUUGUCGACGGACUCUCUGGAGGCAACUCGGACACCAAACACGGAGUCAAAUUUGACAGCACCACUCGACCGCCGCCACCGGGUUCAAAAGGUUUUCCGAAUUGCGUGUUACAAAGAGGCACGGCGUUUUGAUUUUCAGACACCCGCUGCAGUGGCCGCUUGUUUAGCCUUAUCACUAAAAAGCGCAUCCCGAUUUUUCUUUUUUUUUUUUCCCUGUGCAAUUUUGUAUUUUUUGCCGUUGUAUAGAACACCUUUCUUUUAUAAAAGACUGCAUCUUUCUUUUUGGUCUUUAUCGCCGAAGGAUCGAAAAACGCUAGCAGCGUGCAGUGAUACACGACAAAGCAAUGUCAAUUAUAUAUCUCUCAGUCUCUGCGAGGUUAAUUUGGACAAGCACUGACUAUAUCGUUACACCGCUUAUUUAAAAAUGUUUAUGCAACUGCACUGAAAUCUCAGCCAACUGUAUUAUAUAGCUAUACGGUUUAGUUACUGUAUUUCAUUAGAUAAAAACUGCCUCGCCAGAGCAGAACCACACGGUGUUAGUUAAUUAUUAAGACAGAAAGAUACAGCAGGACGCCAGUUCAAUGAAAUAUUCACCAGGAGCAAUAAAGAGACCGAACUCGCGAUCUUUUUUACUGUGAAUGUAUUUUAUCCAAAAAUCCUUAAUUAUUGACCAUCUGAUACAUUAUAUAACAGCGUAUCAUAUUAAAACUGCGUACACUGGUUAGUUAUUAUCAAACUGAUUGUGUUUGUAGAUCGAUAUGUUGUAAAUCGUCACACACAUGCAUAUAUAAUUGUUCUGAUACAGCGACAGUUUUUAUUUUAUAAUGAGCAGGCAUUAAGAUAUAUUGCCUAUGUCAAAAUGCCGCUGCAGACUUUUGUAUUGAAGAACAUGACACGACCUCCUCCUUCAUGAGUUUGACUCGAGCGCGUUCUAUACUAACGUCUUAAAAAUUUGGGACACGGGAUGUUGCUGGAUCUAUAAAUAUCCCAGUUGACUACUCAAGGAGAAUAUCAAAUGAACCUGGCCUUGCUUAGUUCCCCACACAGAAAAAACGGACAAAACAGCUGUAAACACGCUCCGUGGAUUUUAAGGAACGCUUCGAAACGCUGUUGACUGGAGACACACAGAAUAGCAGUCGACAGCAUCGCCUGGGUUCCUGUUGACACUUUGAUGAACACGAACUAAGGGCUUUGCUGUACGUUUGAAGAAUCGCAAUGGCUCUCUUGAACAUACUGGUGGCUUCGUUUACAUGGCUGAUGUGUGCGAGAGUCUGUUGGAGUGGCUGUGUGGAGGUGGAGUCCAGCACGGAGGCGGUCCUGGGACAAGGGUUCAAGCUGGGCUGCAUCUCCUGUAAGCAGCGGCGCGAGGUGGAGGCCACCUCGUCAGUGCAGUGGUCCUUUAAAUCCAAAGACGAUGCAGACUUCAAUUUGAUCUACCAGUACGAGGAUUACGAGCAGGAGAUAUUUGACGAUCGGUUCGAACGCCGCCUCGUUUGGAACGGCAGCAAGAAGACAACUGACCUUCUGGACGUCUCCGUGUACAUCCUCAACGUCUCCUUCGAUGAUGCCGGCCUCUACAAGUGCUACGUGGAGCGGACACUUUACUACGAGCACUACGAGUUCCACACCAACGCUUCCAAGUUCGUCAAGCUCACCGUUGUCCCCACAGUGAACCGGGAGCUGACCUCGAUCAUAGGGGAGGUGAUGAUGUACGUCGCCAACAUUGGGCUCACUUUCUGGCUGCUGGUGGAGAUGGUGUACUGUUACCGCAAGAUCGCUGCCGCGGGAGAGGAGGCGUUGCGGGAGAACGCGGCUGAGUAUCUGGCCAUCGCCUCGGAGAGCAAAGAGAACUGCGCCGGGGUGCAAGUGGCUGAAUAGCACUGAAGACGACGGGAGGGGCAACUCAGACAGAACGAGACGAGGAAAACAUGCUGAAGAAGGAGCAGAGAAAAAACUAAUUCAAGAGAACGAACAAACCUUUGCAAACCUGCCAAAAGGAACGGAAUGCAGCUGUAGAAAAAAAAAACAUACUAAAUAUAUCAUUUGGAGAGAAGGUUUCCUGGACAUUUUAUGGACUAGAAAAAAAAAAAAAGCAUGUUCAGAUGUUUUCAUAAAAAAAAAAAAAAAGAAGAAAAAAAAAUAUGUAUUCACAUCACCAA